AUGUCCGCUCCAAACCCAAAGGCAUUCCCAUUAGCAGACUCUGCUCUCUCCCAACAAAUUCUUGAUUUGGUCCAACAGGCUCAAAACUUGAGACAGUUGAAGAAAGGUGCUAACGAAACCACCAAGACUCUUAACAGAGGUAUCUCUGAGUUCAUCAUCAUGGCUGCAGAUACCGAGCCAAUUGAAAUCUUGCUACAUUUGCCUCUUUUAUGUGAAGAUAAGAACGUUCCUUAUGUUUUCGUUCCUUCCAAGACUGCAUUAGGUAGAGCAUGUGGUGUUUCUAGACCAGUCAUUGCUGCUUCUAUUACUACUAACGAUGCGUCUGCUAUCAAGAACCAAAUUUACGCUGUUAAGGACAAGAUUGAAACUCUUUUGAUCUAA